AUGGGAAUUCCACAUCUAAUAACAUUCCUCCGUCCUUAUGCAACUCUCGAUUCGUUCAAGCGCAAAGAUGUGGUAAUCGACGGUCCAGGUUUGGCAUAUCAUAUCUAUCAUAUAUGUUUAGGUACCAAAAAGUCGGCGGGAAACUACUUUGAAGCAAAUCCGUCGUAUAAAGAGCUUGGAGAUACUGUAUUGGCAUGGCUGGAUGGCCUAGAAAGGAGUGAUGCUGUUGUGAAAAGGAUAUACUUUGAUGGAUAUCUACCCCCAGCCAAAUUAGAUGUUCGUUACCAAAGGCUUAAUCGAAAUACACAGCAACUAGAGAAAUAUCACAAAGAAUAUGCGUCUGGUUUGAGGUACCGACUUUCAUCGACAAACCGAACUAUACCUACCUCAUUUCCUUUCGCAUUUUCCCCCCAGCGCCCCAACUUCACAAAACUUCCAGCGUCAUCCUUUCUCGUUCCUGCAAUAAUUGAAGCUUUACAAAACUCUAACAAAUACAAACAUCUCGUCACGAUUGUUCCCGGCGAAGCAGAUACAUAUUGUGCCAGCUAUGUUAGCCGAUAUGGUGGAAUCAUUCUCACUGGCGAUUCUGAUCUUCUCGUUCAUGAAAUUGGCACCGACAGUUCUGUGAGCUUCUUUCAAGAUGUUGAAGUUUCAUCCAAGGCCGAUGCAUGGAUGCUACAGUCCCAAAUAUUCCAUGCUGGAUCCAUCAUCAAGCGAUUAGGCCUUCCACCUUCAUAUGGUAUUCGUGCUCUUGCUUUUGAGAUUUUCAUGGAUUCUCAUGGUAGCUUUUCGAAGUUACUGAAACAAGCGAUUGCGUUAACCGCCAUCAAUCAGCACCAAAAAAUGUAUAAAGACUUUGUCAAGGAGUAUUUGCCAGUGGAUAUUGAUGUAGCCACUCUCAGUUCGGAGCUGCUCAAACCUUCUGUAGUGAAGACUGCUCUGCAAGUUCUUGAUCCUCGUAUUUGUGAGUAUGUUCUUCAGUUUCCUUAUUUUAUGAAAUGCCUUGGCCUUUCCCAAUCUUCAAGCGGCUCCCAGGAUGGUGCAAAUAACAUCAACAUUUUUCUUCCAUUUCUCGUUGAUUCCCCAUCUCGAACCAAUGCUUGGGAGAUGUCCACAUCUAUCCGACAACUGGCAUAUGGUUGCAUCAAUCUCGUACUUCCAGUCGAAGAGAGGAGGACCUCCGUUUUUGAGAAUAAACGACAAGCCAAUGCUUCGCGCGGGAGGGAGUGGGCAAUUCCAGAUGCUUCAGAUAUUUUAGAGGCUUGCACUGAAGUUAUAAAUUUCCUUCGCGAGACACGGUCCAAGGUCAAGGGACAUAACGCUGCUAAUCACUGGACCUCAAUCUCAUUUACACAAGAUGCCCAGUGGUCAGAGUCGAUUGACAAAGUAGGCCUGGGCAGAAAGGUUUUGACUGGACUCCAAAUCUCAGACCCAGGUGACAGUAUCCGCAAGACAAGUGAGUGGGAUUGGGAUAUGAUACAUGUCAUUGCCCAAAUCCAAGGAUCUCAUUACUCUUUCAGAAUUUUGAAGCAGAUGAUAAGCUUUUUGACCCUGAUUGGUGGCCGUAACUCAGUCCCUUUACCACUGUCGCAACUAAAUGACAUGCUUCAAGACCUGCCAUGUCUCAGUGAUCUCAAUGGGUUUGAAAAAAUGGACUCCAUCUUAAGGACGAUGAAAGAAACGAUUCUUGGAGAUUUAAGUCAGGGGAUUGGAGUAUCCACUGCCACUUCUGUGGAAGCAAUUAAGCAAAAGAAGAAACGGAAGCGGGAAAAGUCGAAUCAGACUGGCAUGGCAAACAAAAAGCCAACAAAUCCAUUUGAUGUAUUAGGUACUGAUUGGUAA